UCCGCUUUAUGUUAUAGUUUGACUCAAGACGAAAUCGGUUGAGCUUUGAACAUCGUGGUGUUAAUUUGAGCUUAAGAGAUUAAUAUUACAAGAUAGUAUAUAUUUUGACUUUAUCGAAAAGUAGAAUAAGAAAAAAAAGCCACAAUGAUUUCUAUAAAAAUCGUUAUUUUUAUUUUAUCGUUGAUCCUCUUCGAUUCUGCUAACGGUCAGCCAAUCAGACUCGCGGGGGUGGAUAAAAAUGAUUUGAAUAUCGAAUUAUCCCUAUCCAAUGCGGAAAAUGAAUUAUCGAACUUAUCAUGGAAACGAUUGAAACGCGUUUCCGAUCAAAGAUUGGCAGAACUUGAAACACUUUAUAGCAUUUAUAAAAUAAAUUCCCUAACGUCGACAGACCGACCUAUUUAUAUCAGAAUGAAACCGACAAUAAUAAAACGACGUAAACGAAAGAACAAUGAAAAUCAAACCGAUUCACGAAGAAUCGUUCGACAUACAAACAAACUGACCUACGAUGAAACCCCUAGAUGAUUUCAUUCUAUAAUUAGGGGACACUGAAAAAAAAAAAA